UGGGUCUCGACAAGAGUAAGGUACAAAAACGAUUAUCCAGACACGGAACGUUACCAAGUGUCUAGUCUAGUCUCUCAAAAAUGAAAUCAGCUUUACUUUACAUACAGGCCUUUGCCUGUGGCAUUUCAGCUCAAAUUAUUGCUAGCCCUCAGUUGACCAGCUUCAACUCUUCCUUCGCAUUGUCCCAUGAACUUGCACUCAAAGCAAAUUUUACAGACCAAGAAGCCUCGACCUUGAGUAACAUUAUCAAUCAUGAACGGUCACAAUACGCAGGGGGCCCAGCAGAUCAAGACGAGUUCUACGAUUUACCAGCGCAAUCUCCAGACAACAGGCAUCUAAUCCCGGGGUCUCUCAUAAAACUCGAAACGUAUACGAAUAUCACAAACUACACACUCUCACCCAACCUAGCAAUGUCUCGCUUUAUAUACACAACGAAGGAUUUGAACGGAACGGCAAUACCGGCCUCUGCCUUCAUUCUGUGGCCCUUUUCUCCACGAUCGUUUGCGAAUCUCACUCCACACAUGGCAGCUCCAGCCGUUAUCUGGAACCAUAUGACCUCUGGAUUUUUCGGCCCUGCAGCGCCGAGUAAACAUCGCAAUAUUUGGGCUGGUGAUAGUGCACCAUAUGCCCUUGCGCUCGCUGGUUAUGCUGUCGUUGCUCCUGACUAUGCUGGACUCGGCGUGACCCGGAACUUUCAAGGGGGCUUUAUUCCGCACCAAUACCUCGCUCUACCAGCCUCUGCUAACGACGCGAUAUAUGCAUACAAAGCAGCCAAAGCAGCCUUUUCUAAGAAACUUAGCGAUACGUUCGUGGUAAUGGGCCAGUCUCAAGGAGGCGGAGUAUCGUGGGCAACGUCCGAGUUGUUAGGCCAGAAUUCUACUCUCGCAAAGGGCCAUCUGGGAACCGUAGCUGUCAGCCCAACGACCAGUGUUUUCAAUUCAUCUAUGACAUAUGUUGGGCCCUUUGUGGGUGUGGGGCUAGCCUCGGUAUUCCCGACGUUUCGGCUUGAAGACUGGUUGACGCCAUUUGGCGUAAACCGAACAGAGGUAUUCCAGACCGUACAGGGUGGCCUUGCCACCGCAUUUGGGUUCUUCAGUGGGAAUAUUGCAAAACCAAAUAUGACACAGACGUGGUACACCAGGGCAUACUCGAGUUUGGUCAAUAUGGGUACAAAGCCGAUUACAAGGCCAAUGUUGGUCAUUCAAGGCACUGCAGACCAGUUCGUGUCAUACAACGUCACAUUAGCUACUAUUACCAGCGCCUGUGAAAGAUAUCCAAAUAGCAAAAUUACAACGCUCAUAUCUAAUGGGACAGGUCACGUUCCAACCCUUGACGCAAGUAGACAAGUGUGGUUGCGUUGGAUUGAGGAGCGAUUUCAGGGUGUGUCGUUGCAAUCAACGAAAUGUGGUCACCAGGAGAUAUUGGAAAGCUUCCUGCCUAUUGAUCAAUACCAGGCAACUUGGAAUUCGUUUCCGCAAUGGGCUGGAGGUGCAGAAUAUACAUAUGAAGUUCCGCUGGAAUUGUGAGUAAAAUAUCACAUGCAGUUCGUGUGGCC